AUGUGGGGAAAUAAGAUGAUUUCUUCAACAUUAGCCAGGUCUUAUACCAGGGAAUCCAAACCCGAUUCUGGGAACUUGAAGAAAGCUCUACUAGUCUUCUGCAUGGGGUUCUCUGCAUGGGCUUAUCAAACAGCUCUUCCACCACCUCCCACGAUGGUGGGAUCUCCAGGUGGCCCUUCGAUUACAUCACCAAGAAUAAAGCUUCGUGAUGGAAGACAUUUCUCGUAUAUAGAAUCAGGUGUUUCGAAAGAUACAGCAAAAUAUAAACUGAUAUUCAUCCAUGGCUUCAACUUAAAUAAAUACCAUCACCCUUUUUCCGCCACAGCCUCACCAGCUCUUGUUAAAGAACUAGGGGUGUACUUUGUUGCAAUAGACCGACCUGGUUAUGGAGAGAGUGACCCGGACCCUAAACGAACUGUGAAGAGCUUGGCAUUUGAUAUCGAAGAGGUCGCUGAUCAUUUGAACUUGGGACCAAAGUUCUAUGUAGCUGGAUACUCUAUGGGUGGUCAAGUCGUCUGGUCUUGUCUCAAGUAUAUCCCUCACAGGCUUGCGGGAGCUGUUCUUAUUGCUCCAGCCAUUAAUUACUGGUGGCCUCACUUACCUUUAAACGUAACCAACGAAGCAUUUUCACGGCAACUUCCACAGGAUCAGUGGUCUCUGCGUGUUGCGCACUACCUACCAUGGCUUAGUUAUUGGUGGAACACUCAAAAAUGGUUUCCUUCUUUUUCUAUAAUCGAUGGAAACCAUGCUAUUCUUUCUCCCCCAGAUAUAGAAGCUUCAUCAAAGCUAUUUGGUGGCAUGAAUCAUGAUCAGCUACAAGCCAUGCUAUCACAACCAAGACAACAAGGCGAAUUUGAAUCACUCCAUCGUGACUUGAACAUUGGAUUUGGAAAGUGGGACUUUGAUCCAAUGGAUCUUGAAAACCCGUUUCCAAACAACAAUGGAUCCGUUCAUUUAUGGCAGGGUGAAAAAGACCUCAUUGUCCCUGUGACACUACAGCGUUAUAUAGCACAUCAACUCCCAUGGAUCAAGUACCAUGAACUCACUAACACUGGACACGUCUUAGCUUUUGCAGAUGGUGUGAUUGACUCUAUUCUCAAAGAACUUACCAAAAAGAAUUAG